GCAGAGGAGGGCCGGUCUUUGGGUAUGCGACGUUAAGGACCUAACGAUAAUGAUGCUAGAAUAACAUUUGAAGUCAGCGUAGUUAAAAUGGUAGCAGCGCCCGUUAGCUGCUGUUUCGGAAAGAGGGGGAAUGUCCUUGUCCGAGAAUGGGUCCAGGGUCUCCGUCCCGACGUGGGGCGUGGAUUUAACGUCUUCGAUGACGUGAGCUAAUAAUUAGCCUUGACGUCACAUCAGCUGCUAUUCCUCAAGUGGACGCCUCUCCGGCCGCGCAUUGGACCAAGCGCCAGGACGCCCCCCUUCCCGGCUGUGUAUUUAACGUCAGAUGGCCGGUAGCCUGCUCGCCCCGGCGUCCACUAGCUGCGUGCGCCAUAUGGUCGAGCUGAGCCUGCUGUCAGAGCCGGACCAACAAAAGCAGCCGUGAAGGAACAGCCCAUCAAUGGCCAACCCCGCCCCUCGGCUGGAUGUGCUGUGAGAGAAAAGUCAGUGGAUCGCAAAGUCUGUUGCCAGUCUGCCAUGGAGGACACUCAGCCCAAGGCUGUUACCCAGGAGCACAUCCUGCUGCCCACUCCGGCACCCAGUCCGGCACCCAGUCCGGCACCCAGUCCAGCUCCUAGUCCGGCACCCAGUCCGGCUCCCAGUCCAGUGGUGGACAGAAUUGCUGGGCCUGCAUCAAACAAUGUGGAGCACCUGAAUGUGGACCAGAUCCAGGUGGUGGUACGGCGCUGCUCCAGUCCAAAUGUCAUGGAGGAGACCACUUAUUUUAUCCCUCGAAACCCGGUGGUGGACGCCGGCACCAACACGGACCCGCCAGUGGUCUGUUGCCCACUGCUGCACAGAUUUUGCCCCUGUCCACCGAGAGGCCUUCUGGCCUCGCUUAUUACUAAAGUCUUUCUGGCAGCUGUGCUCUUUGGAGUGGUGUGGUCCAUCACUGAGGACGAGUGUCUUCCAGGCGGUAACCUGUUUGGCAUCACGAUCCUCUUCAUCUGUGCUCUCAUCGGUGGCAAAGUGGUGGCUCUCAUCCGUUUGCCCAAACUGCCACCGUUCCCACCUCUCCUCGGUAUGCUCCUGAUGGGUUUCAUGCUGAGAAACAUCCCCGUUAUAAAGGAGGGGGUGUACAUCGACUUCAAAUGGUCCGCCUCACUGAGGAACAUCGCUCUGGCUGUCAUUCUGGCCAGAGCUGGCCUGGGCUUGGAUCCCACGGCUCUGAGGAAACUGAAAUCGGUAUGUUUGCGUGUGGCCUCUGGGCCCUGCAUUCUAGAGGCUUGCACCACAGCCGUGAUCUCUCACUUCCUCAUGGACUUGCCCUGGGUGUGGGGCUUCAUCCUUGGCUUUGUGUUGAGUGCUGUGUCCCCAGCAGUGGUGGUGCCCUCCAUGCUGCUGCUGCAGAAGGACGGUUACGGCGUGGAGCAGGGCAUCCCCACCCUGCUGAUGGCUGCAGGCAGCUUCGACGACGUCCUUGCCAUCACAGGGUUCACCACCUGCUUGGGAAUGGCCUUUGCCACCGGCUCCACUUGGUUCAACCUGCUGAGAGGUGUUCUGGAGGUGGCCGGGGGGACGGUUCUUGGGCUUGUUCUUGGCUUCCUCAUCCAGUACUUUCCUAGUGUUGACCAGAAACACUUGGUCAUAAAGCGAUCCUUCUUGGUGCUGGGCCUGUCCGUCUUCGCUGUGUUCGGCAGCGGCGUGGCCGGGUUUCCUGGCUCCGGAGGCCUCUGCACCCUGGUGUUGGCUUUCCUGGCUGGCCUCGGCUGGGGCUCAGAAAAGGCGCAUGUGGAGGAAGUGGUGGGGUGGGCGUGGGACAUCUUCCAGCCUCUACUCUUCGGACUUAUCGGAGCAGAAAUUCGAGUUUUAGAGCUGGACGGACUCACAGUUGGUCUGGGUAUCGCCACACUGCUCAUUGCCCUGUUGGUUAGAAUCCUGUUCACCUUUGUCUGCGUGCUGUGUGCGGGCUUUAACAUGCGGGAAAAAGUGUUCAUAUCCCUAGCGUGGAUGCCCAAAGCCACAGUGCAGGCAGCCAUAGGCUCCACAGCUUUGGACAUGGCCAGGACGAAGGGCGACGUGCAGCUGCAGAAGUACAGCAUGGAUGUGCUGACUGUGGCGGUGCUGGCCAUCCUCAUCACAGCCCCCAUAGGAGCUCUCCUCAUCGGGCUCGCUGGGCCACUCUUGUUACAGAAACCGAAGAACUCUGCCUGUGGUAGUAAACCAGAGGAUGACAAUGAAACUCCCGUCACCUAUGAGAGCACACUGUGAUAUCACCCGUCUUCAUCCAGCAAACAAGGACAUUUAAAGAGACUUCCGAGGUGCUUUCCCACUCGGGAAGCGUGAGCUUUCUUCCAGCCACCGAGUGGCCCCUUUUGUCUCUAUAACUGCCUGUCGGCCAUGCUGCAGGAACACGAGCGUCGCUCUGUAUUUAUAGCCUCUGGUGCUUUCCAGGUCUCAGGCGCAAAACAAACGACCCACAUCUGA